CGCUCACCGGAGUGGAAAGCGGAGGCUGGGGUCUAGCAGGUGGAGCCUGCAGCCACGCAGAAUUUGGGCUUCGAGGUUAGGGACGGGCCUAGGAGAUAACUAAACCUGUGUUGUCUUCCCAAUGUUACUGCUAUGGAACUGCAAAGAUUUUCACUCACUCUGGACUCUCUAAAUACCUUAUUAUCAUGUACAAAACUUUUUCUUUACCAACUUAUCCUUCCACUUUUCCACGUUGGCAUCUCUACAUCCUCAAUAAUGGCUUGAUCCACUACAAAUUCUACAGUUUUCUGUGGAGUCUAGUAUUGGCGUGUUGUGGCAGUCAGCUUUGUGGAAAUUUGGGGGUUCAGCAUUUAUGUAUGCUUCUAUACAGCUAAAAAGCCUUUUUUCCUGUUCCUGUAGUUGGCCAAGACUUUUUUGAGACCGGGAAGGUGCAUCUUUACCUGCCAUAAUGAUCCCCAAACACACUUUCUGUACUGAUGUUUGAUGUUUGGUAUGGCUACUGCUGAUGAAUCUUAUGUGGAAGGACAAAAUGGAAGUUUUAUUUCCUACAUGAUUGCGAUAGUGGAGAAAUGGACUGGCUUGGAAAUCCUGGAAGGCUCCUUGAAUUACCUGGACUAUCUCCUGUGGGUGUUCACUCCUCUCAUUAUUGUCUUCAUUCUCCCACUGUUUAUUGUACUGUUCCUGUACCUUUCAAUUCUUUUUCUACAUGUGUAUAAAAGAAAGAGAGAGUUGAAAGAAGCUUAUUCAAAUAAUGUUUGGGAUGGUGCAAGGAAGACUUUGGCAACUCUUUGGGAUGGACAUGCAACUAUUUGGCACGGCUAUGAAGUUCAUGGAUUGGAAAAGAUUCCUCAUGCAGGGCCUGCCCUGAUUGUUUAUUAUCAUGGGGCCAUACCUGUGGACUAUUACUAUUUUUUAGCUAAAGUAAUUAUCCAGAAAGGAAGAACCUGCCAUUCUGUAGCUGACCAUUUCCUUUUUAAGUUACCAGGUUUUAAAUUGUUGUUGGAAGUUUUUAGUGUAAUGCAUGGUCCUCAAGAGGAAUGUGUCAAAGCUUUGAAAAAUGGACAUUUGUUGGCCAUCUCACCGGGCGGAGUCCGGGAAGCACUGUUCAGUGACGAGACUUACAGAAUCUUUUGGAGACGACGGAAAGGAUUUGCCCAGGUGGCAAUUGAUGCUCAAGUGCCCAUUAUUCCUAUGUUUACACGGAAUAUUCGAGAAGGCUUUAGAACAUUUGGAUGCUUUGGUAUUUGUAAAUGGUUGUAUGAAAAAUUUAAAUGGCCAUUUGUUCCAAUAUAUGGAGGAUUUCCUGUCAAGUUUUGCACCUAUUUGGGUGACCCUAUUCCUUAUGAUCCCAAUAUAACUGCUGCUGAGCUUGCCGAAAAGGCAAAGCAAGCUGUGCAGAACCUAAUAGACAAACACCAAAUAAUACCUGGAAAUAUACUGCGAGCCCUUUUAGAGCGUGUUCACUGGAGACAGAAAAAUGAAUGACUAUGCUUUUGAGAACUCAAUUAGUGAACACUUUUUAAAACAUUUUCAUUUUCAAGAGCCUACAUCUAUACAAAUACUGAAUAAUGUCUCCUGUUAUGCAUUAAAAUUACUCUGUUGAACAAUUCUUUUGCACCAGUAUUAAUGUUCUUAUCUGAUUUCCUAACAGUUUUGGUAUGAAAAGUUGGAUUUACAAUAUGCUGUAUCAAAUACCUCUCUCCAUUACAUUCUUGACCUCAGUUAGAUACUGUGGAGAUACACUGAGCAAGGACCAGAAGCUCCUCCUCGGAAUCAGAGGAUAGAUGGUCAUACGUUGAGGUGCUAAAUGCCUUUGGAAGUCGACUGGAGAAUAGCAUUGGUGAAGUAAUGGAGACAACCUGUCAUAAGAGAUGGGGGCCUGUUGGGUUGUGGGUAGGGGAUAUUAUUAUAAACAUCUGAAAAUACAUUCACCAGAUGAAAUACUGGAAAUGUUUGUUAAUAGUCCCAGACUGAUAUCAGAACAUUCACAUGUGUUAUCCUGCCUCCAAUUUUUUGUUUUUAAAUCAACAAUAUUCUCUCAUUCUGAUAUUCAACUCGCAUGUUCAUUACCCAUUAUUGCAGCUUGUGCACAUCGUAACAUUUCAGUAAAACAAGUGGUCUUCUCCCAAUAGUGUACUGUAUAGCAGUUGGCAAAGUAAUUCUCAUUGAUUUGGAAUAUGUUUACAUAUCGCCUUGGUACUUUUCCUAAAGUUGAAUGUAAUUAUCUGUUUGUUUUGGGAAUGUCCAAGGUGAUCACUUGGAAAGCCAAAUUCUGUUCAGCUUACCAUGGCCUGUUUUUAAUGAGUUGUAAUAUGUAGCUUUAAAUCAACUUCCAACCUGACGUCAAAAGAUUUUGCACUGAUUCAGCAUUUCCGAAGUCUAAGCUGAAUACAAUAUCAUUCCAAAAUUGUGGGGGAAAUUUUUUUUUAAAAAUUGAUUGGCUGAAGUUGCUGUAAAUUGCUCUGCAUUUCCUGUCUAAGAUUCUCAAAGCCACCUUUUUGACCUAAGUUGGGGGAAAAUAUGGCCAUCAAAUGUGUUUACACCAUAACUGGAGCCAGCAUCCAAUAUUGUAACUGGUAAUGAGCACUUUUAUAUGAUCUCGCCAUCAUGUUUGAUAGCAUUGAAUCAUUUUUGUUGAAAAUAACCCUUCUGAGGACCAUAAGCAUUCAAAUAUAUUGCUGGUUCCUUUAAUUUUAAGACAACUUUUUUUGUUGGGUAGUGAUGUGUCCAUAAAUCCAAGCAGAAAUUAAGGGAUUUCUGAUUAAGAUACAUGGUUUUUCUCAGUGUAUCUGAAUGAUACAUGUUUAAAGUUUAUGCUAUGGGUCAUUGAUAUGCCUAAGUCAUUGCAUUGAUAAAGUAGAAUUUAAGUAAGUUGUGCUUGAUUUGUUGUAUCUUUUUUUGGCCACCUCUUACAACUUCUUAAAGGAAACAAUAAAUCCCAAUGUUUUAAAAUUCAGACCUGAAACAUUUUUAAAUUGUAUAGUAUCUUUUACAAUAGGAUAACCCAGAACACUGUACAACGAUUUUCUAUUGAUAUAAUCUCACUUAAAUGAUCAAAUACAGCAGCCUCUAUGUACAGAGCAGUUCCCUCAAACAACAAAUGCACUAUUGAUCUGCUUUUGGAAGCAUUGUCAGGGAUAAAUGUUGCAUGGACAAGGAGAACUCCUCUGACUUUAUUGAAUAAUGCUGAUGGAAUAUUUUACAACACCCUGAACAAGCAGAUAGUGACUUGAUUUAACAACUUAUUCAAAACAACACAGCAUUAUUAACAAUAUAGCUGUCCUAAGCAAUGCACUCUGUCAAACUUAAGAGUUGCCAAUCACAAGACCUGGCACAAGGAUUAAACCUGCAGCAUUCUAAUUUGGGCAUGAGAUUGUUGCCACUGAGCCAAUUUAAUAAAACAUUUAGAAAUUUACAUGCAAAUUGGAAUAUUCCAGUUAAAUCCAAACAGCUUUGAGGUAUGGCUUUGCCAGUCUUCAACUUUGAGGAUGAGAAAAUGUAUUUAUUUUUGUCCUACAGUUGGUAUUUCCUCUGGACUAGUGUGUUUCAAAGUGAAAAAUGUGAAAGUUAGUUUUCCUGUUAGACUAGCAGUGUAGUAAAGUAUAGGUGAAUAGAAGUAGCACUGAUCAAUUCUGGAUGAGAUCACAAUUGAAAUUUUAUUUUCUAUUUCUUUUGUCUUUCCAUUUGUAUGUAAUCAUCCACAUUUUAAAUAAGAUUUAAACAAAUUCCAUCUCUAGCAAUGCUCUCGUAAUUUGCUGCUGGUGUUUUUUUUUUCCCCAAGACUGAACUAAACUGAUAAAUUCAGGAAUAAAUAAUUUGGCAGUGAAUUUAACAAACUAGUUAUGGCUGCUUGAGGAGUUCUGAUAAUGUAUAGUAGAGUUACUGCAAAGCAAUACACAUGGAAUAGUGUCUUAUUUAUGUUGUUACACUUCCAGAAAAGAGGGACAGAGAAACUCCAGAUUGAAAUAAUUAAUUUCCAAAGCUGAAAUUUUACAUAAAAUAUUUCAAGUAUAAAAAAAAAUGAUCCUUUCUAUAUAAAAUCAGAAAGCUGGCAUGAAAAUGGCCAUCAAAUUUAGUGAAUACAACUUGUUUAUUUCAGGUUUGGCUCCCAGUUGUAUAAGACUCUUGCAAUGUGAGCCAGCAGCACUUUCACAAUAAAGAAUGAAUGAUCCAUAUGCUGGACUUCACUGCACUAUAUAUUCUGAGAAGCACAGCUUUGAAAACUUCCGUUUGGUGCUUUCUUUUUGAUGUUCUCUGUUACAGUGAAUAUCCCUUUAAGAAAAUUGUAGACUGUGGGAUAAUCCACAGUUGCUGACCUGUGGAAUGGAUAUAUUUAAAUAUAGAACUUUUAUUUGAAUUGAACAAUAUCAAAUGUCUGGUUAUAAUAUUCCAUGUAAGCAGAUUCUGCUUGCAUAUGAAUUGUUUUGACCCAUAUAUUUUGAUCACUUUUUUCAGUGAUUCUGGUUAUUAAUGGCCAAUCACAGCUUAAUCAUAUUCCCAAUAUAACAUUUAAUUCCUGAUUGCAAUAUUUGUAAGUAGCAAAAAAAUAAUUUGUACUUUUCGUGUUCUGAUGUCAGAAUGUGGACUAAAAUAAUUUUUUUGCAUUCCUUAAUAAAUUCUAUCAGUACAUGUUGACCUGUUUUGUUUGCUGUGAUAAUCCAUAUAUAGUGCUUUUAAAUGACAAUAUUAAAAGGCAUUCCUAUAUUUUGAAUAAAAAUGCAAAAUGGUCUGGAAUGGAUUACUCAGGUGCACAUGAGUAGAAGUUGGAUAUUAGCUUAUAAAGUUCAAACCCACUUUAGAUGGUGUAUGUUUUUUGUAUUCUGGAUGUUAAUUAUUGUGUAUUUUAAAAAUCUUUACUACUAAAGCUUAAAUAUUGAUUCUUACUACGAUCAUUUAAUUGUAUAAGAUUGACUUUUUUUUUUCAGUGUUUCCUCCCAGACCAUCAUAAAUGCCAAAUUACAAACAUUUUUUGUGAUUUCUGUAGGUUCUCGUUUUAGUUUGGCUAUCACAAGAUUCUGAUUUUUUUUUUUACCUUGACAUUUUUUGUAAGGCUGUAUUUAAAUCGCUUGCACUUGUGAUGAAAGCUGUUUAAAACUGAGUCCUAAAACUUUAGUGUUUUAUUUCCAUUUAUACUGCUUAUAUAAAUAUGGUUUAUGAUUAUGCAAUUUGCUUGGUUCCUUUAUCAGUACAGGUGCCAAUGCCUGCUAUCCAGAAACUUGAAGUGCAGAGGAUGCCUUUGCCAUUUGUUGAAAUAAAACUUUACAUCUUGCCCUUAAGCAUUUUUUUAUAGGACAGUACAAAAGUUAAAUUUCACUAGCAAUAUCCUACAAAAUGAACAGAUCUUAUUUUAAUAACUGUUAUGUUCUUGAGAGUUUUUGAAUAUUUUUCUUUGGUUUUAAAACAUUGAUUCUAUUGAGAGGAUUGCUAAGUUGCUGCAGGGGAUCCAAGUAUUUUUUUAAAAAGGAAAACUUCCACUCCUAUCUAGUCAAGAUAAAUCUAGAUUUUUGUAGACCAAUUUCUGGUGAAUGUUUAAGAACAUACUAUUUUAACCUCUCCCUCAAAACUGAGGUACUGUUAAUUGCAAUUACUUUUAAUACAAUUUUCAGAAAGAGAAAUGAGACUGCCUUUGAAAGCCCUUCAGCCUGAAGUAUCAGAAUUUGUUUGAGAAAUGAAAAUGUGCUAAACUAUUUGCUGUCUAAAGUACCUGAAAGAUUAAAAGAAAGCAAAAUAUUAUUUAUUUACAUGCAGUUUGGAGUUCAAUUAUUAAAACUCAGAGCUUAGCAACUUUAAAGUUCAUGAAAUCAGUACAUAAGAGAUUUAAACUAAUGCAUAUCUUCUUGUAGGGUUGAAAUUGAAGUUUAGUGGAAAAGAUGAAACACCACUCUCUUCCACUGGGAGGUGAAAUUUAUCAAUUAUAAUCAUGGUGUUCUCUUUGGUUUGGGGGGGGGGGUGGGGAAGAGAUUUAAAUGGCCUAAUACAAACAUGCAUG